AUGGAGACACCUGCAAUGUGUUUCUGCUUCCAGCAGCCCUCACCUGCCUGCCCCACGGAAUGGCUGGAUGGCCCACUGGGAGGGAGCAACGGGGGAGACGCGGGAAUGCCCAAGGGGCGGAGGGGGGGUGGGGGACGGGAGCCAGGAAAGCCCAGCGCAAGGACCCGAGAGCUGCGCGAAUUCACCCGAGGAGCUGAGCUCGGGGAAGGCGGGGCGGCUCCCGGAGUGGGAAGGGAUCCAGCAGGGGACGGGGGGGACAGCCUCGGGGGAGCCCAGCGGCACCUUCCAGACCCACUAAAGGCCGGCUCAGCCAGGAGCUGCUGUCCUCGUCUUGGAGGGACCCGCACUUUGGAAGUGGACCGACGGCGGGGGGAGCAGGCGAGGCGCCCCGUGCUGGGCGGCGGGAGAAGAGCUGCAGCGCUGGCCGGCGGGCCGGUCUCAUUCCACUGCCGGCUGCUCCCCCCAUUCCGCCCGCAGACCCCCCCGGCGCCGGGAGGGAGCGAGGACGGGGGGGGGGCUGAUGCAGAAGCGCGUCUCUGGGCCAGUGGCAGAGCGCCCGGAGGGCCCCUCCCGCCCUUCUUCGGGGCCGCUGGAGAUCUUGCUCGCCUUGUUCGUGGCGCUGGUGGCGGCAGCUGCUCCGCGCGGGCCUGGUCGACGGCGUUCGCCGUCGUUCCGCCGCUCCCCCCCCACCCCCCCGAGGCAGCGCGUCCCCGCAGAAGGCUGCAGCGGGAUGCGCGCCGGAGGCCUUUCUCGGGCCGGCCGCCGGGGGAGACGGACUCGGCGCCUCCGCUGGGCAAACUCUCCGCCUCAACUUGCCGCAGGGCGAAAAGUUGGCCGCGCCGUUGCCCGGCCGCCCGCACGCCCCGGGGCCCCGGCAGGCGGCAAGAGCGGGGCAGGCCAGGGCAGGGGGCGGCCGCCCGCCUUCUUGCCUUCUCCCCUCCGGGGCGGGGCAGCGCCAAGGCGCCCCUCCCUCCGCGCGGUGGCCGGAGUCCGAAGAUGGCGCCGGGGCGGGAGCGGGAGCGGGAGCGGGGCUGGCUCGGCGCGGCCGGGGAGGACGUGGAGGCGGCGUGA